AGCUUGUGCGCGCUGAGAGAAGAAGCCCGAGCCCGACGCCACAAUCUCGAGUCUACGGUCGUCCACCGUCCACAAAACACGGGAGCAGCAUGGGAGCCAAGUUUAGCCGGAGGAAGAGUGAGGCAACUGCAGAGGUGUCUGCGGCAGCAGCGUCAGAGGUGGCGGCGGCAGAUGAGACAGUAAAGGCAGAAGCUUCCCCUGUGACAGAGAGCAUCAAUGAAAAACCUGCUGAACCAGAACCAGAGGCCCCGGUCCCUCAGGCAGCUCCAGCUCCGAGUCCUCCCACAGAGGAGAGUCCUGGAGCGGCCACACCACCCCCCUCCACAGAUGCAGCGCCUCUGGAGGUUAUUUCUCAAGCUGUAGAGGAGACAGUCAAUGUGGUUACAGAAAAGGUCUCCAGCGCUCUGGGUGAUGUCAUCAGUGGGGGUAUUGGGGCCGUGGAAACUGCCAUGUCAGCCCUGAAUGUGAAGGAGGAAACACCUGUUGUCACGGAGACAGAGCCCGAACCAAUCCGUGAGCCUGAACCAGAGCCUGUCGCCGUGGUGACAGAGCCUGAGCCAGUCCCAGAACCAGAACCAGAACCAGAACCAGAACCAGAACCUGAGCCUCUUGUUGUUCUGUCAGAAGAAGUCUCUGCUCUGAAAGAGGACAGCCCUGCCCCAGAGCCGGCCGCCGUGUCCGACUCCUCCUAUCUGGAUGACCUGCUGACCGCUCAGCCAAUCACAGAGUCUCUCGUCCCUGAGCCAGUUGAAGAUGACCAACCAGCAGCUUUGGACAGCGUGCAGAUGACCAGUCAGAUGCUAGAGGAGGCGGAGUUGGACAUCCCCAUGGCAACAGAGAGCAGGGAUUUGUGGGAAUGCGUGGAUAAGGAGGCAUCUCCAGCUGAACUUCAGGACUCUGGACUACACCUUCAUCCCAGUGACAACACGUUUGGCAUCGAUGACAACGUCGUCAGCAUGGAGCCCAACACUGUCUCUGACCUCAUCUAAACAACCAAUGCAGGGCAAGGGAGGAAAGGUUAAAAAAAGAUUCCAGGUGAAAUAAAAGUACUUUAAGGGACUAUGGUGCAAGCUCUUAAGACCUAGAAGAUGUUCCAGAAAUAGUGAAAAUUGUGUCUAAUCAAGAUAUACAGAAACGUCUGUUACAGAAGUAAUGAAACGUGUUGAUUUUUUGUUUGUUUUAAGGUUUUAAAAAGCAAAGGGAAUUCUGUGAAACCACUGGUACUGAAGAAGUAGGCAAGAAAGACAAAACUCCAUCGCUAAAGCAGGCAGACAGGUAAACGAGACGGACACUCAACCGCUGAAGCAGGCAGAGAGACAGGCAAGGGAGUGAAAGACAGGCAAGCUCUCUUUCACUCUGUAAAAAAAGCCAAACAGAUAAAAACGGUUUUAAACGUAUAUAAGUGUGGAGAAGGAGUGGGUUUUAAAAUAUGCUAAACUGAACCAGUCUCUUUCUCAUAGUCCUCUAUGUGCUCUGUGUCUAUGUAUGCGUGUGAAGAGGCCUUAAGAUGUUUCUCUGACCGAGAAAAGGC